AAUGCAAUCAAGAUGAGUAGCAAUGGUUCAUUAUCAUACAAAUCAGGCUCUGUAUACAAUGAACUGCGUCUGACAAGAGAGCUCAGCGAUGCAGUCAUUGUAGUUGACAAAGUUGAGUUUCACAUCCACAAGAUAAUCCUUUGCAACAGCAGCCUGUACUUUGUAGAACUUUUCCAGCGUUGGUCAACCCCAGACCAGAAGGUCUAUGUCAUAAAUGAUCUGACACCACCCUUAAUGCAGCUUCUCAUUGACUUUGCCUACACCGGCUCCGUGUCCGUAUCAGAGGACAACGUCAAGGACCUGUUGAUAGCAGCUGAUAAGUUUGAUAUACCAGGCAUCAUUCAGACCUGCUCUGACUUUCUAACUAAGCAGCUCCGCCCAGAAAACUGCAUUAGCAUCUGGCAGUUCUCGAAGAACUGUCACACCCCCGAACUGCAACUUAAUGCCUACCAGUACAUCCUGUACCACUUUGAUGCUGUCGCUAAAUGUUAUGAGUUGGGGCAACUCUCUAUGAAGGACUUCUGCGACAUCCUGGAAAGAGAUGACUUGUUCGUGAAAGAGAACGCCGUUUAUGAGGCCAUACUUCACUGGACCGCACAUGCUCCUGGGGAGCGAGCCAAAAAUAUGCCAAUGCUCCUGGCUAAAGUCCGCCUAGCUUUGACCACUCAGGAGUUCAUCAUCAACGUGCUGACCAACCAGCUCGUGCGGACUAGCAGCAAAUGCUUGGAUAUUGUCUCCUUUGCUGCCCGUGUGAUGCGACAUAUGAAAGCAAACUCUGUGUCCGGGUACUGCAACCUGGUGGCCCGCCCUCGUCUGCCUUCUGCCAUCCUUCUGGCGAUCGGUGGGUGGAGUGAUGCGAGUCCAACGCACCUUAUUGAAGCUUAUGACUUGCAAGCUGACUGUUGGGACUACCUGGUGGAUCACAUGCAACACCCGCGAGCGUACUGCGGUGCGGUUUUUCUCAACGACUCCAUCUAUUGCAUCGGUGGAUAUGAUGGGGCAGAACACUACAAUACAGUCAGUCGUUUUGACCUGAACGAACGUAUCUGGCAGGAAGUGGCACCCAUGCAUUCACGCCGAUGCUAUGUGAGUGUGACGGUGCUAAAGGGCUGCAUUUACGCAAUAGGAGGCUACGAUGGGCGUAUACGAUUAAAGACGGCAGAGUGCUACACGCCAGAGACCAAUCAGUGGACUCUUAUCGCUAGCAUGCAUGAACACAGGAGCAAUGCCAGCUGUACAACCCUCAAAGACAAGCUAUACAUAUGUGGUGGUUUUAAUGGAAAUGAAUUCUUGCAAACAGCGGAAUAUUACAGCCCAGAGACAAAUGAAUGGACAGUGAUGGCCCCCAUGAACAGUCGUCGCAGUGGCAUUGGAGUCAUUGGCUGUGCUGAUCAUGUUUACGCUGUAGGCGGGUACGAUGGUGAUGACCGCCUGGCUAGUGCUGAGGCCUACAACCCACAAACCAACAACUGGAUGUGGUUGCCUUCCAUGCAGUGCGCCCGAAGCAACUUUGGCAUCGAAGUGGUGGAGGAUCGCCUUUUUGUGGCUGGUGGUUUCAGCGGGGUCUCCACCACCAACCACGUAGAGUACUACGAUCUUACAACUGGUCUGUGGUCUCCGGCCAGAUCUAUGAGGAUAUCCCGAAACGCUUUGAGUUGCUGCGUGAUGUCUGGCUUUCGCAAUGUGACGCAAUAUGCAAUGCUGCGAAAUAAUUUUCCCGAGCUCCUCUUGGAGGACGAUUUAGAAAUGGAGGACUUGUAG